AUGUCAGAUACACUUGCUGAGAUAGGCCAAAGACUUGAACGGUUGAAGAGCAACACUUUUGAGAAGUCUGUAUCAGCUAGGGCCCAGACUAGCCGUGUAGAAGAGGACAAUAGUUCUUCUAGCCCAACGAGUGUAGAUUCUUUCGAUAACUCUAAUUCUGACAGAGAAGAAGAGAUGGCUGGCAAUAACGAUGACAACCGAGCUUUGGAAGAUUAUGCUCAACCGGUUAUACCAAAUUCCCCUUCGUGCAUCUUGCUGCCUACUGAAGCUAGAAAUUAUGAUCUCAAAUCUUCACAUUUUCACAUGCUUCCUUCUUUUUAUGGUUUACCUAACGAAGAUCCAUUAGCCCAUAUUAAGGAAUUCUGCAAUGUUGUGAGUGGUAUACCUUUGCAGGGAGUGAGUGAAGCAAAUCUGAGGUUGAGGGUUUUUCCUUAUAGAUUGAAAGAUAGAGCAAAGGGUUGGCUAAUGACUUUAGCACCUGGUUCGCUCACCACUUGGGAUGCCGUAGCUAAGAAAUUUUUGGAGAAGUUUUUCUCCACUCAAAAGACAGCUACUUUAAGAGGGCAAAUCUUUAACUUUAAACAAGAUGAUGGAGAACCUUUCAAUGAAUGUUGGGAGCGUUUCAAAGGGCUGUUGCUGCAAUGUACACAUCAUGGGUUACCUCUUUACUUACAAAUGCAAAUUUUUUAUGAUGGACUAACCCAAACAUGUCAAUCGACUGUUGAUAAUGCAGCAGGUGGAGCUUUGAAGAAAAAAAAUGCUCAAGAGUCAUAUAACAUUUAUGAGAUGUUGGGAUCUAAUGCUCAACACAAAGAUACAAGAGAUAAACGAGUUGGAGUGUAUGAAAUGAGUUCUAAUAAUGAUCUUGCCUUGCAGGUGGCUAGUUUGGAAAAGAAGCUCAAUUCUAUGCUCAAUAUGGUGCCUAAGAUAGCUGAGGUGUGUGCCAUUUGCAACAUACCAGGUCAUCCUACUUAUCAAUGCACGGCUAGUGAGGCUUAUCCCGAAUUCGUUCAAGAGCAAGUGAAUCUCAUGAAUUCUUACAAUCAGAGGCCGAGGAAUGACCCGUUCUCUAAUACAGAUAACCCUGGUUGGAGAGAUCAUCCCAAUCUCUCAUGGAAGAAUAACAAUCAAUUUCAAAAUUUCCAACCAAAGCCUACCACUACGCUUGAAGAUACGGUCAAAAUGCUAGGCUCAAAACACCGUUCAGUUCCAGCAAACUACCAAUAG